AAGGUGAGCUUCUACACCGCUCCUUAAACCCAGGAAAAGAUCUGAGCGCCCUGUUGACUUCUUUGUUUCUCCAUUUUUCUUAGCCGUCUACGUAAUUAGGACGAUGGUGAAAAACGAGCCGGAGAAGUCAUCAGACCGGCCUGACAACACUGCCUUCACCCAGCAGAGGCUUCCAGCAUGGCAGCCCAUUCUCUCUGCAGGAAUUGUUAUUCCAGGGUUUGUCCUCAUUGGGCUGGCAUUUAUCGGCGUUGGAGUUGCUCUCUUCAUCACUUCACGGGACAUCCAGGUGCUGGAGUUGGACUACACUGGUGUGGAAUCAAGCAAUCCCUGCUCUAAGUGCACUGACCCAAAUGUCAGAAAGUGCAUUUGCACCAUAGUGUUUUCCCUUGACACUCUGUUUAAGGGACCUGUCUUCAUGUAUUAUGGCUUAACUAAUUACUUCCAGAACCAAAGAAGGUAUGGGGUUUCCAGAGACGAUAAUCAGUUAUAUGGAGACCUGGAUUACUUUAAAAGUCCUGGUAGUGAUUGUGCCCCCUUUGACUAUGACAGCAACGACAGACCAAUCGUGCCCUGUGGAGCCUUGGCUAACAGCAUGUUCAACGAAGACUAUCCCGUUGUGAGCUUCAACGGCAGGAAGAAGGUGGUGCUCAGCAACGUGUCUUGGAUGGGAGGAAAGAACGACUUCCUGGGCAUUGCUUACCUCGUCGUGGGUUCCCUGUGUAUCGUCAUGUCCAUCGUUAUGCUCAUCGUUUACGCAAAGUUCAAGUUCCCAGAAGACGACUGAGCAGCUUUAAAAGGCCAAAGGCAGCUUCAGGCUCACUGGUAUCAGAUUUAGUAUCAGAAUGACCUCUGAACUAAAACUGCAAUGUUUAUUUUAGGAUUUUUGAGUUUUCUUUUGUUAUCUUUGUUUUUUCAUUAUAGCUUAUUUUAUCUCCAGGGUUUGAGCUGCUUCCUCCUGGGAGGUCAAUGAUCUUAAAGCCAUAUUUCUUUAUGAAAAUCCAGUUAAAACUUAUCAGGUUGUUACCUUUAGGUAGUUUUCAUGGAGAUGUUGUAAAAACUGUAAAUAUUUCCAUCUUACUCAGGGAAACGGUGUGCAAGCUAUCCUUAUGUUUUCUGUUACUCAACCUCAAAGAUUUUGUCUUAACUUUUAGUAUUCCUUGAAACGGGUGACUUUAUCUUGAUAUUUAUUGAAUAAAACAACAAGAUCUUAUUUA